AUGGCGAACUACCAUGCCACAACUAAAAGGGGUGGCUCACGGAAAAGGCGCGCUCAGAGAAAACCUGUUAACGAGAGCGAGGCACCGAGGUCUCCUUCAACUCAGCUCCUUACUCCUGAGAGUAUCGAACACCUCAUUAUCCCAGGAGCCGGCCUGAAACACCCCGAAGCCAUUGGAGAGCAGCAGCAAUUGUAUGCGAAAAGCGAAACACUUUCAGUAACGGAAUCGAUCGACGAGCAUUUUGCGAGAGUAUAUGACAGCGAGCAAGCAAUUCUUGCACUCUCUGCCGUGCUUGCUCUGAUUCCUCUAUCACAGGAGACGCACUGUACAUCUGCGGCAUGUGUCUCGUUUCGAAAAGCUCUGGCUCAGAAAUUUGCACAGGCAGCCCUCCAGCGUAUCGACACAGAUUCAGAAUACCUCGACUUUAUCUCGGAUCGCCAGGUAGACUCCAUGACCACAGUUGAGCAACUUUCCAUAUCCCGCGAUCCGUUGCAUCCACAAACGCCAGUGGAGCUAGAGAGCAUCCUGGCACUGCUUCUUCUACGUAACUAUGAGCACACAGAGCGUGCCAAUUUACUCAAGAUGACAGCUCGAGCAAGUCAAGCGUUGAUAAUAGCAAAGAAUAUGUCCCUUCAUCGGCUAGGUCUCGAAAAUGAUACCUUUUCAGAGGCCAAGAGGAGAGCUUGUAUUUCUGUGCUCAUCUAUGUUCUGUGGUUCGACAAAGCCUGUUUAAACGUAGACGACGACAGCCAAUUCACAACUCCAUACCCGAGGUUAGAAUCCGAUCCAGAAGCGUGGUUGAUCUUCCUCGAAGCUCUGCGAAUCGGCGUUGCAAGCGUCAAGUUCACUGCCAGCUAUAACGAACAUCUAAGCUCGCACGCGGAUAUGACUAGAAUUUUUGAGCAGAUGAAAAUACUCGACAAAUGGGUGCUUCAGGUCUCCGCUCGGAUCGAAAGCUAUGUGCCUGUCUCAAGCUCAAUGGAGCUUGUCCCUACCUACGAGUCAGCGACAGCCGAAGUAAUGCGACGACUUUCUCGCAUCAGAUUAUCCAGUACAAGAAUCCGCCUUCAUCGAUUCCAAGCCUUCUCAGACACUCCGCUCUUCACCGAGAAUCACUGCGAUCUCAGUGUCCCCAAUCCUCUCAAUAGUUCUUCCAGCAUCACCAGUAAUACUGAAGCAGGGAUCCCCGCCUACACCGUGCUUCAGUCGCCUCCAUUCACAUACGACCGGUCUACCGAGAUUUGUGUGGCAUCGGCUCUAACAAUUGCACGGCAGCUACAAAGAUUGCCGAUUCCCAAGACAUCUGACGGUGUGAUUAAUCGAGCGAUACCUACCUGUACAUGCUGCGCGAUGCAAGCCAGUUACGUUCUUCUAAUGCAAUUCUACAAACUUCACGCCAUGCCUCAUGCCCCACGAAUAUCAUCAGGCGACUUGUCCGUGGAUACAGAGCGCCUCAUUGACGAACUUCGACAUGGCUUGGAGGAUAUCAUAAGGGCAAUGAACAAUUUCGCUACUUCAUUUGAAACCAUUGCGGGAAUGCGAGUGGCUUAUCUAUGGGGGAGCAGACGGGACCCCGAGUUUUCCACUACCUAUGGUCGCUGGAAGCUGUUCAAGAUGAAGACGACCCAAGAGUUCCCGCGCCUCAAGCUUUGCAUCCCGUGUUCCCGGCUCUUCACCGACUACCGGGAUGAAGCCAGAUCUGAUCCCAAUAGCACCCGAUAUCACAUGUGGUACGAGCGUAGCGGAUAUCAGUAUUGCCGAACUCGGCGUGAGCUCGAGUGUGCCGCUGUCUUUGGUUGCGUCUUUUGCAAGGCUGUUACUUCUCGUGAUCACAAGUAUCAGCAACACGAGGACGGUACAAGGGGCUCGGACACUUCAAAGGACAGGACGGAGCUCUUCCUAGAUGAGCAGCGCCCAGGCUGGUAUCCGUCACUUGACGAAGAGCUGGAGCUGAGCAUUCGUUACAACAGGGUCGACAAUGUUCUGUACAUUUGGAGCCGAAGCGGGACUCAAUGGAGCGGAGGCGACCUGUCAUGGAGCAUGUACGCCACCCCGAGUGACCCAGCAGCCUCCGUCGUUCAUUCGCAGGCGCUGCUCCAAGACCUUGGGUCUCCCGAGAGCUUUGACGAUGCACGCGAGUGGAUGGACGAGUGCCUCACCAACCACCACGUGUGUCCAGCACAUAUGCCGGCUGAUCUACCCACAAGACUCAUCGAGGUGUCCCGUCUGGGCGAGCCCGAAUCUGCGCGUCUGUGCGAGACCAGCGGGGAGAAAGGACACUAUUGCGCUCUUAGUUACUGCUGGGGAGGAGACCAGGUUCUCAAAACGCUUCGUCAACGGUACAACCGAUACCAAAAGGAACUUCCUUACGAUCAGCUGCCCCAAACCAUCAAGGACGCAUUUCAGGUCACGCGGAGCAUGGGCCUGAGGUACAUCUGGAUUGAUUCGCUUUGCAUCAUCCAGGACAGCGACGAGGAUAAGCAGACCGAGAUAGCCAAGAUGAUGAGCAUCUCCCAGAAGACGCAAUUCACCAUCUCAGUGGCGAGUGCCUCGGCCGCUACCGAGGGAUUCCUCCAGACUAAUUACCACGACCCCAGUAUUGGAGCUUUCUAUCACCCCCUCCGGGUAGAGAAGGAGACCAUGGGCUCGGUUCUCAUUGCCGAUAGCUCGUCGUCAUUCGCCAGCGUUGCCGCGCACCAGCAGCCCAUCAACACUCGGGGCUGGACCCUCCAGGAGGCCCUGCUCACUCCCCGCCUUCUCAUCUUUACCAACAUGCACAUGGUCUGGAAAUGCCAGACUGGCUAUCAGCCCGAAUUCCACGCUACCUCCCGAGACGCCCGCGAAAGACGCCGUGGGGAUUAUGGCCCCUGGGAUGCUUGGUCUUCGCUCUGCGGCUACUCGUUUGCUCGUCUCAAGAAGCUCGACGAGCUAGCCAUCCCGGAAACUCCGCGUGUCGGGGAGGAGUUCAACAGCCGUGGAGGCACUUACUCGACCUGGCAUUUCAUCCUGAACAAAUACACGACGAGGCAGCUCACCGAAGAAAGUGAUCGGCUGCCUGCCAUUUCGGCCAUCGCCCAGGCCUUUGCCGCCCAUUUCAAGACUGAAUACUACGCCGGGCUCUGGGGACGCUUCCUCGUGCAUGAUCUAAUGUGGGAGAACUGGCUUUCCAAUCCCAACGCCACAAAGUCAGGGGCUCCGUCGUGGUCGUGGGCCACCAUGAAAGGUGAGCUUCAGUACGACGGUAGCAACACCGACUAUGCCCGAGCCGAGGUCGUGUCGUGCAAGACCACGCCCGUGUCGGACAAGAAUCCUUUUGGGGCAGUUACUGGCGGCGAGUUGGUGAUCCGCGGACACCUGAACAAGCUGUGGCUCGAUGCGGGCGAGUCGAACAGACGGGAACUCUUUGACAAUGAGGGCAACGCCAUUCCCUAUGCCGAAUUUAUCGGCGAUGACGGGUCCGGAGACUGGAACCGGAGCCGCACCGCUGUGCUCUGCUUGGUCCUUGGUGACAAACCCUGGGCGACUAGGCACAGCAACUAUCCAAACUGUUGCCCGAAUUACAUAACCAGGUGUCCCCAGUCGAUAAAGUGUCGGAUGAUGGUGCUAGUCGAGAGGUCGGACCGAGCAGGCUGCUAUCAGCGGAUAGGACUGGCCAAAGCAGAGAUGUAUGUUAGACCGCUCUGGUGGGAGAAGUGUGAGAGAGUAAUGGUGACGGUUGUCUGA